GAGGAGGAGGAGGAAUUGGAUACUCGCUGCAUAGUUCAUGGUGAUCUAUGUCCAGUCCAACUGGGACAUUACAGUGUAGCAGUGUUUAACAUGACUAGCGCUGCUUGGUCAGAGAAGAUGGUCAAACUCCUCAGUCGAAUGAAUAACUUUUACUCAGCAGGCUCCUCUCGUGUCAGCUGCUGCAGGUUUGAGAUCGACUCAGCGCAGGUCGGUUGGAUUCCUCCUCACGUGGCUGCGCUGUUGACACGGUAUCCAGAUGUGUUCAAUCCGCCACACGGUGGCGCAGUGACGCUGUGUCACAGUCUGGACUCAUACGGGAGGAGAUCAGAGGCUGUGGACGCUGUCCUGCAGUCUCUCAGACAUGAGGCGUCCCUGAGCUGCCUCAGAGGAUGGAGGGACGAGAGGUAUAGUGUGAUGCCAACAUUUUCAGAUCCUCCUCUGAUGUGGAUGGAAAGAGCAGCUACAAGUCUUUUUGGGGUGAAACGGUAUGGAGUCCAUAUCAAUGGUUACACCGUCAGUGACAGUGGGGAAGUCAGUAUGUGGCUGGCUCGACGCUCCAAAACUAAGCAGACAUUCCCUGGAGUUCUGGACAAUCUGGCAGCAGGUGGUCUGUCUGCUGGUGUUGGCGUUAAAUAUACUCUUGUGAAAGAAUGUCAGGAGGAAGCAUGUAUCCCAGCAGCCAUUGCUGAUAAGGCAUGUCCUGUAACCACAGUAAGCUACACCUAUGAGGAUGAAGAGGGGGUUUUUGCAGAGAGUCAGCUUGUCUAUGAUCUGGAGCUUCCUCGCAAGUUCAAGCCCAGUGUGGGGGAUGGAGAGGUGCAGGAUUUCUACCUCCUGCCCAUUGAUAAGGUGAAAGAACUGCUGGCCACUGAUGACUUCAAACCCAACUCAGCCAUGGUGGUCUUGGACUUCCUCAUUAGACAUUCAUUUAUCGAGCCUGACACAGGAAGUCUUCCGAUGAUUGUAUUGUAUUUCAUCUCCUUUCAGAGCCAUACUAUCAGGAAUUUGUGGCAGGGCUCCAUCGGACACUAUAGAGUGAAGCUGAGGACUGAGGCCAGUGAUGUCACUGUGUUAGAUAUAGAUGCUUUUAGACAUGCACUGAACUCUGGAGAUCCUCCAGAGGGGCUGUAUGUGUGAUUGCAAAUGUCCAAGUGAGAGGCUCCGGACUUUUUCUGGAGUUUCUUUGGCCGGCCCCCUAGUAUUAAGUCUGCAGAAAGUCCAGAGGAGCUGAUGUGAGAGCACAGCAAAAUAUCCUCUGAAGUAUUCAUCGCAUGCGAGUGGGGGUUUUGAUGAUGUUUCUAACACAGGACAGAAGCGAAAAAAUAAAAAUAAAACAUAUCUCCAGAUGAAAAAGUGUUGUCACACAAAGAAAACACAGACAGAGACGUCAAGAGAGGUUGUGUAAACAAAACGUGAUCUCUUUACUGGUAUUGAAACCUUAAAUCCUGCGUCUGUCUGCUGCUCCACCCCUCACCUGAAUCCUCCUUAAAAUUUCUGUGUUGUUGUGAACACGUCUGAGUGAAUCUGCUGCGUGUGAAAAGGCAAAACUCUGCAGAAAGUCUGACCCAAUACUGCAGACGUCCUCCGGAGCGCAUAUGUUAGAAUGAUUAUACACUGCUCAAAAAAAUGAAAGGAACACUUUUUUAUCAGGGUAUGGCAUGAAUUCAAUUGCAGAGGGGGUUGUUAAUCAGUUUCAGCUGCAUUGGUUUUGAUGGAAUUAACAACAGGUGCACUAGAGGCGACCCCCAAAAUAGGAGUGGUUUUGCAUGUGGAGGCCAUUUCAAGUUUCUCCCUCUUGAUCAAUUCGACUGGUUUUCCAUUAGUGUUGACUUUAGCUAGAGUCAUUAUCUCUACUGGGAGCAUGAGGCGAUUUCUUAACCCUACAGAAGUUGCACAGAUUGUCCAACUCCUCCAGGAUGGCACAUCCAUGCGUGCCGUUGCAAGGAGAUUUGAUGUGUCUCCCAGCAUAAUCUCCAGAACAUGGAGGAGAUUCCAGGAGACAGGCAGUUACUCUAGGAGAGCUGGACAGGGCCGUAGAAGGUCCUCAACCCAUCAGCAGGACCGAUAUCUGCUGCUUUGUGCAAGGAGGAACAGGUUGAGCACUGCCCGAGCCCUACAGAAUGACCUCCAGCAGGCCACUGGUGUGAAUGUCUCUGACCAAACAGUCAGAAACAGACUUCAUGAGGGUGGCCUCAGGGCGUGACCUCCAGUAGUGUGCCCUGUGCUCACUGCCCAGCACAGUGGAGCUCAAUUGGCAUUUGCUAUAGAACACCAGAAUUGGCAUGUCUGCCACUGGCGCCCUGUGCUUUUCACAGAUGAGAGCAGGUUCACCCUGAGCACCUGUGAUAGACGUGAAAGGGUCUGGAGAAGCCAAGGAGAACGCUAUGCUGCCUGCAACAUCGUUCAGCAUGACCGGUUUGGUGGUGGGUCAGUGAUGGUCUGGGGAGGCAUAUCCAUGGAGGGACGCACAGACCUCUACAGGCUAGAGAACGGCAGUCUUACUGCCAUUAGGUAUCGGGAUGAAAUCCUUGAACCCAUGGUCAGACCCUAUGCUGGUGCAGUAGGUCCUGGGUUCCUCCUGAUGCACGAUAAUGCCCGGCCUCAUGUGUCAAGGGUAUGCAGGCAGUACCUGGAGGAUGAAGAAAUUGAAUGGCCCUCAUGAUCACCUGACGUAAACCCGAUAGAACACCUCUGGGACAUUAUGUUUCGGUCCAUCAGACGCUGGCAGGUUGCUCCUCAGACUUUACAGGAGCUCACUGAUGCCCUUAGACAGAUCUGGGAAGACAUCCCACAAGACACCAUCCGUUGUCUCAUUAGGAGCAUGGCGCGAAGUUGUCAAGCAUGCAUACAAGCACGUGGGGGCCACACAAGAUAUUGAGAAGCAUUUUGAGUUGCAGAAAUUGAAUUUUGGCAAAACGGACACGCCUGCCACAUCACUUUUUCACUAUGAUUUUCGGGGUGUCUAUAAAAUUGAGCCCUCUGUAGGCUGAAAACUUUUAUUUCCAUCAAAGAUGUGGCAUCCUUUUGUUCCUAAGACAUUAAACUGUCCAUAUCAGUAUAAAUAUCCAACAUAAUUUUUUUUCACAAUGAGAUCUGAUGUGUUUUCAAAGUGUUCCUUUAAUUUUUUUGAGCAAUGUAUUUACAUGUAUCUCAGCACAUCACAGCCCAGAAGCCAAGUUGUGUCCUGUUGCUGUGAGACAAAAUCCAUCUAGAAGUGACUGAGCCUCAUCAGGGAGGUGAGGGGUGGGGUUCAUCUGAUGAAUCUGGGGACCUAGAACUAGAUGACCCCGUCAUCUGCUAAUUGUAUUCAAGGCAGGCAAAUACAGACAACUAUCUGUCUCAACCAUAUCAAGAAGUGUAAAUAAAUAAGUAGUUCCUCACAAUAAUAUGCUAUCUCAACAUUCUCGGGUAUUCAAAUGUGAAUUUAAUUAACAUUGUUCUAAUUAGUGACAAGACUCUGUCAACUCACAUCCACAUACACAAGAACACUGCAAGCACAUGACAGUAACUUGUGAAGUGAGGGGACAUAGAUGGUGUGGUAUUGGUGCUGUACUGAUCUCACUUAAACUGGUUGGAAAGGUUAAUGGGUGGAAAUGUUGGAUCUGUCACACAAACUGUCCCUAAUUACGAGAAUGAUCUUGGAUCUUUCAGUCAGAACAGGGGAAUCUGAGCCCACCGAAUUCCGACGACACAUCUAAUAAGAUUUUAAAAACAUUUUGAUGCUGCUUGUAAAACUGAGAAUGUUAACCCAUUUCCACCAACUUCUGGAAAUCUGUGUGAUGUGAUACUCAGCCUGACACAUGGGGAACCUUGAAAACGUUGGGAUCUCGAUGGACAAUAACAUGAUUCGUCAUAACUGAAAUGGUGUUAAGAGAGAAAGCACAAGCAACCAGAGGCAGAAUUUAGUCAUUCUCGGUUACAAUUUAUUUCCUUUAGAAUGCGUUACAAAAGACAACUGGAGAAAUGUCGGGAUACAUUUGUAUACAAAAGAAUAUUACAAAUGACUGAUCCUUAAGGAGUUGCUUGCAUUUUGUAUUUCAUAAUCUGACAUCAUAUAUUUUCCAAGUGUUUACCACACCGACCUCGUGAUUUUAGCUGUGUGCAAAUAAUACAACAAAAACCAGUAGAAUAUCACAAAGUGAACUUAACAUACAACAGAGCAGAAAAGUAACAGCUGUAGACAUGAGUGAACUGGCAGAGUGUGUGUGUGUGUGGGGGGGGGACCCUGUCAAUGUCUAACAUCCAGAGAACAAAAGAAGGGUUAAAACACUGAGGUGUGGAAUUACUGUAUGUUGCAGAUGAACAUUCACUAUAGCUGACAGUCCCAUGGCACUGAUUCCAUCAACUAUCCUCUGAGCGUCACUUCUUCAACACAAAAACUGUUUUCACUCACUUCCACAAGUGACUCAAGUCCACUGCAAAGUUUCACGUUAAAAGCCAACUGGCGGCAAGCAAUAUAUCCUAUUACCUAAUGUCAAAUAUUGGUAAAGUAAUUUUACAAAAAGUAACUGGAAACAGUAUUUAUUUUGAGGAAGAAACUACACUACACAACUGUGUAGUAAAGGAUACUGUGCUAUAGAAAUGUACAUUAUACUGAAUUUAAUGUUUGACAGGGCACUCUGAUUUAUUUCAAUCACAGUUUAAGGUCAAGUUAACUCAAUCAACUUGUAUUAAUUAAAAAGCAGGUAUAAAACACACUUAGGUGGUCUCAUUUUGUAUUUAUACUUAACAGCAAAUAAUCAAACUCUCUGCAUUUGAAUGGGAAAUAGUAUGAAGUAUUACAGGUUCAUAGAAAAGAAAAGCGGGUUCAUAGAAAGUUAUAACUUUGGAAAUUAAGGAGAGUGAAAAACAAGACAAGCACAGUCACACUGCAAGCCAUGGAUGUCUUCCAACAGUUCGUUAGGCAGGUAUAAGUCUGAUAACUGUAGUGGAGUAAGAGUAUGAGUAGGGGAGAUGUUCCCUUCUCUUCAUGUUCUCUUAAUUUCAGGUUUAUGGAAUCCUAAACUUGAGAUUACAAUAUUUAUUAUUUGAAAGCUAAAAGCUAUAAUCUUGAACUUAAAUGUAUAUACAUGUAUUCGCCUUUUCCAUAGCAUUUGACCUUCCUUUUUCAUCCCUACAACUCCCCAGUCAACUAUGCCCACCUUAGAGAAAACAGGCACAGGGAUGUUUUUCUUGGAUGUUUAUUUCCCUCCUGAUCCUGCAUUACCUGACACUCUAUAAAAGGCAGCAGCCGCUUUUCUUGCCUCGUCUCUUGGCCUGCAGUGCUGCCCUGGUGGCCAUUUCAAACACUUCCCUCACACCAUCCUUCGUCUUGGCCGAGCACUCCAAGUAACCAAAAGCAUUGAUCCGGUUAGCCAUGUCCCUGGCCUCAUCCGACUUCACUGGUUCCUGCGUGGCCGAUCAAAAAAUAAAGGAAAAUCAGCUAAACUCAUAGAUAUCCUUUUAAAAAGUGUAAGAACAUGGGAUGACUUUCAGGACCAGUAGGAGAGCAGGCAAGAUCAUUGCUGAUCCUUCACAUCCCGGUCACCACCUAUUCCAGAGACUUCCCUCCGGAAAAAGGUUCCGGGCCAUCAGGACUAAAACGUCUCGCCAUCUGAACAGUUUUUUCCCCGUGGCAGUGGGGCUCACAAACAAGCCCCACUGACUCUGCAUCACACUGACUCUACC